GUUUCUCAGAGUUGGUUUAGAGGAAAAAUAAAAACUCUGCUGAAAAGAACGGAAGCUCACAGCAGAGGGAGGAACGCGAGAUAUAAGCAUGCAGAGCUGCGAGCUGGAAGAAGGAGAAAUCCAAGCGCACGAAGAAGAAGAAAAGGAGAAAGAAGAUGAACGGAAAAGGGGAGAGCGAAGACAGAAGAGGAAAAAGCGAUGCAAGUGUAGGAGAAAUGAUGAAGGGGGUGAAACGAAGAAAAGGAGGACAGAGAAGGAGAGAGAGGGGAGGACCAGGAACGGGGAUGAGGUUACUGACCAGAAUAUGGAGAAAAGAGACAGAGAUCGUAAAGCAGACAGGCAGCACAGAACUGAGCACCGUCCUAGAGACGACGGCAUCAUCGAGACUCCGAGUGACAGCGACCUGUCGGUACGGGUACGGCGCCUGCUCUGCUCCUCGGGGGGCAGUAUGGAACUGGAAAGGCUGGGACCGUUGUUAGGGGUGAGUCUGGCGGAGGUGGAGAGGAUGGUGGAAAAUGAGCAGGGACACAGCCUUAUGCUGAAGGAGCAGAAUGGGAAGCGCGUGGCCGUGUCUCGCAGCGCCGUGCGCGUCUGCACGCAGAGGAUGAGCAAGUGCCCCGGGGAGUGCAAGAACCUCCACCUGUGCCGCUACCACGUACUCGGAAAAUGCAACAGGAAUCCAUGCGCAUUCGGCCACGACGUCCGGAACGAUCGUAACCUGGAGGUGUUAAAGAUGUAUGAAUUAGAGGAGCUGAGCAAAGACGAAUUACUGCAGCUGGUCCUGCAGAACGAUCCGAGUUUCCUCCCCGAGGUUUGCCAGCAUUAUAAUCGAGGGAAAGGUCUGCAUGGAUCCUGCGACUUCAAGAGCGAUUGCCAGAAGUUGCACGUCUGCCAGUACUUCCUUGAUGGAAAAUGCAAAUAUGCAUCCCGGUGUAUAAGAUCACACAGCCUUUCGGAUCCGCAAGCAAUGCGGCAAUUGGAGAAGUGGGGAAUAAGCGAAGAUCUGGUGCCGCAACUCCCAAACAUUUACCGGAACGCCAGCGCGCUCAGAGACACCCGGGCGCCUUUGCCCAAGCCGAAGCCACCUGGUUCUGCGAAGAAAGGAUAUAAAGUCAACCUUAUGGAGGACCAGGAAGAGGCUGUGAAGCGAGACAACCUUCUAGCAGCUUCCGUGAAGGAGACGUCUCCUGGAUUUUCUGAAGAGAUAUGUGUUUAUUAUCUCAACGACAUUUGUACUUAUGGAGAUAAUUGCAGUCGGGUUCAUUAUCACCUGCCGUACAGAUGGCAGAUCCAGCUCUCAGCUUACUGGGAAGACAUGGAGAAUAUGGAGGACACCGAACAUGCGUAUUGCAAUAUCAACAGGUACCCAACUUCUAAGAUCCAGGAAUGUGGCUUCAACUUUGACACCAUGACCUACAAGUCCUACAAGAUCAGGCGCCUGUCUACUCCCUCCUCCCUAUGCAAAAGCCCCGAGCUUAUUCUCACCACUGAAUGGUGCUGGUACUGGGAGAACAGAUGCGAUAGCUGGUGGAAUGAGUAUGGGAAGGAGAGGAAUCCACGGAUCUCGGAUGUCUGUAGUGCUGAUCUGGAGAAAGUUUAUCUGUCAGAUAAGGAAGGAACAUUUUAUUUCAAAGCGGGGGAUGAGGAGUAUGAAAUCCAGCUGAAAAACAUGGUUCAGAUGAAGCUGUCCACAGGCACAAAGAGGAGGAUUUGCAGGCGACCUAGGUUCGUGUCGGCGGAGAAAAGCAUGGCAUUGAGAUCCACCGCCAUGAAAUGCCAGAAAUCUUAUUGUGGGGGAUCACGCCAAGACGAGAAGGCGAUCGCGAUCCCCAAGCACUGGGACAGGACUAACCUUCUAAAGGUCAAAUACAAGCUGGUGUCUCUGGAUCAGAUACCGGGCGAAUUUAACAAAGUUAAGAGUUUAUUUCACCGCUCGUUGCGCACGGUCUCGAUCAUAGAAAUAGAGCGCAUCCAAAACGCUUCUCUCUGGAGGAUAUACCAACGGCGGAAACAGCAGAUGGAGAAACAGAAGAAAGGACGGGAGGUUAAAGAGAGGCAGCUUUUCUACGCGGCCGACGACAGCCUGGUUGCUACUAUUUGUCAGAAGAAUUUUGAUUGCGGCACCUGCGGUAUUCACGGGGCCACCCAUGGGAACGGCAGCUGUUUUGCCACGAAUGCAUAUUAUUCCCAUAUUAAUACCCCCAGGAAUUUCAUAAGGACCCACGCUAUGUUCAUUGCCAGCGUCCUUGUUGGGGACUCUACGGAGUGGAACCCGUCCACACAAAGCAGCUUUUCCACGUCCAAGGCGCCCUUUUCCUCCAUGCACGACAGUUGCGUUGACUCGUUGCCAAAUCCCACCGUAUUUACUUUAUUCGACAACCAUCAAAUUUACCCCGAAUACGUCAUCAGAUUCUUAUAGGGGGGGGGGGUCGAAAGGCGCAGCGGGGUCAUCCCGGCCACCGACUCUCUGGACAAUCUCUGAAGGCUCUGGCAACAAAACUCAACACAAGAAGAAACGC